AUGAUAGUCUGGACAGCGGAGCACGAAGCUGCUUUCCUUGGCUUGAAGUCGUACUUGUCAGAGGUACCUCUACUCUACAAACCUGUUCCCGGAGAAAUGCUCUACGUAUAUCUGGCGGCAUCAUCAACAGCCGUGAGCUCGGUCCUGAUUAGGAAGGACUCCGAUUGCGAGUACCCAGUGUACUACGCUGGAAAAGGUUACACUGGUGCAGAAUCCAACUACCCGGACAUUGAAAGAGUAGCACUGGCUCUCCUGAAACCAGAGACAUCGGGCAGGCUAAUUAAAUGGGCCAUCGAGCUGGGGGAGUUCGAUAUCAAGUACCAACCCCGGACAGCCAUCAAGGGCCAGGCAGCGGCAGAUUUUAUUUCCGAAUCAAUCCCUUCCCAUGGACCAGACAAGGAACCACCUCAACCACUAGCCGCAAAUCCACCUCCGCCAAACACUUGGCGAUUAUACGUUGAUGGAGCAUCCAACAAGAAAACUAGCGGAGCCGGCAUCCUGCUAAUUAGCCCGGACGAUCAAGUCUACCAGUACGCCCUCAAAUUUUCCUUCAAGGCAUCCAACAAUGCCGCAGAAUACGAGGCACUCAUAGCAGGUCUGCAGAUCGCCCGGGAACUAGGGGUCCAACACCUUAGUAUCUUCAGUGAUUCUCAGUUGGUCGUAAACCAGGUCAGCGGUAACUUCGAGGCAAAGGAGCCCCACAUGUCCUCCUACCAGGCCUUGGCCCGGGCUUUAGUUCAGAGGUUCACCUCCUACAUUUUUACCCAAAUACCGAGGGCAGAAAACGACAAGGCAGACGCCCUUGCUAAGCUCGCAUCAACUUCUCCAAACCCUACUUAUGGGGCCACUAAAGUCGAAAUACUCGCGGGACCUAGCACUUCCAAAACGGUAUCAGAAAUAUUUUCGGUGGAUCACACAACUUCAUGGAUGGACCCAAUUUUGAAAUACAUGGUCUACGGCCUAGCCCCGGAUGAUAAGGUCGAGGCCAGAAGACUACAGCUAAGGUCAGAUCGAUACACGAUCAUGAAUGGGAAACUGUACAGAAGAGGGCAUUGCUUUCCCAACCUGAAGUGUGUAACACAGGAGGAAGGUCACAAAAUAAUGAAGGACAUUCACGCUGGUGUAUGUGGUAACCAUGCCGGAGCCCGAUCUCUUGAACACAAGACCCUAAGGGCAGGAUAUUUCUGGCCAACCAUGUCGGCCCUGGCUCAAACAAUAUCCGGUUCUUGCCACAAAUGCCAAAUGUAUGCAAAUAUCCCAAGGGCACCGCCCAUCGCCCUUUCCAUCCUCCUUGCACCAUGGCCGUUCUGUCAGUGGGGUUUGGACUUGAUUGGUAAACUUCCCACAGUAGUGGGACAGUUCAAAUACGUCAUUGUUGCCGUAAACUACCAAACAAAGUGGGUAGAGGCAGAACCUCUCGUUGCCAUCACCACCGAAAAGGUAAAGAGCUUCCUAUGGAAGAACAUCUACUGCAGGUUCGGAGUCCCGGAUACCAUAGUCACGGACAAUGGUACCCAGUUUGACAAUGACGAGUUGAGGGCCUACACACAGAACCUCGGCACUAAGAUCCUCUAUGCUUCCCCAGCUCACCCCCAGACCAACGGUCAGAGUCCCCGGAUCGAAUACUUCAAUGCGGGUACCAACUCAGAUGGCCUACACCUCGAUGCUGAUUUACUCGAGGAACGAAGAGAUGUGGCACAUAUGCAUAACUUGGCAAACAAGCGGAGGAUAGCUCGUUACUACGAUGCCAAGGUACAGUCCCGGACAUUAAAAUUGGGGGACUGA